AUGCAGCUGUCUGUGCAGAGUGUGAUAAGCAUCAGUUUAUCUAUAAUCGGAAUACCUGGAAUCAUCAUAAACUCCGCCACCCUCUCUGUGUACAUCAGACUCUGGAGAACGAGCAAUAGACUCGGAGCCAGUGACCCAAUCCUGCUCUCUAUGGCUCUCACCAAUCUCCUCCUGGUGUGCCAGUUGUUAGUGACUUAUUACUUGUAUUAUUUUCACACUCAAUUUAACACAGGAAUAUUAUUUUUGUUUUGCGUCUUGUACGUCCUGUACAAUAUGAGUUUGUGGAACACCGCCUGGCUCUCCAUCUGCUACUGUGUGAAACUCGUCACCGUUACCUACCGGAUCUUCCUCUGGGUGAAAAUGUGGUUUCCAUCUUUCAUCACCAAACUCCUCAUAGGAUCAGCAAUAUGGUCAGUUCUGGUGAAUUUACCCUUUAUCUGGACAGUACAGAUCAUGUUUCCACAGAACACAAAUAUUACUGAUGGGUCAGUACGUUCUGCAAUGAAGUUGAAAAUCCUUUAUACUGUGCUAAACCUGCUGCUGAGUUACGUCCUGCCCUUUACCCUGACUGCCAUCUGUAUUGGGCUCAGUGUGACGUCUCUCCUGCACCAUGUCUGGAUGAUCAGGCAGAACGUGUCCCAGGACAGCUCAUCCCCUCAGCUCCAGGCUCUUGUUCGGGCGGCUGUGACAAUGACGCUGCGUGUGGUGUUGGACCUGACAUUUCUUAUUAUCCUUAUUUAUACAUUUGCUGUGUCUCUCAAUGUCAGUCCUGUCAUAGAAACAUUAUUCUGGGUGUAUCUCAUCUCAUAUCCAUCUGUACAAGCUUUCAUACUAAUCUUUGGAAACCCCAAAUUGAAGCGAAGUCUCCUGGUCAUUAGGAACAGGCAGGACGUGUAG